GAAGUGGAGGCCAUCAAGAUUGCAUCUUUUUCGGCUAGCAGAUUUCCGGCAUCACCGAAUUCUACAGGCGGGAUGCAUUGCAUAACCCGAGCGCUAGGGUUUAAGCUGAUGGCGGUGGCGGUGGCCGAUGGGAAGGGUGGGGCCUCGGUGGACAAAGGCCCUGGUAACGGGGUUGGAGGCUCGAGCGUUGGCUUUGCAGAGACAGUCUCUUUGAUGAAUUUGAGUUGGGGGGAUUACAAGAUGACAGUGGUAGCGUUGAUCUCCAUCGUAUUGUGUUCGACGAGGAGGAAGAUCAAAUUUUCACCCUGGUGAAUAGAGUAGAAUCACACAAGGAUACAGUCCAACCAAGGAGCACAGGAGUAAUUGGCAAGAGAUGUUCUUUUCCUAGGGCAAGGAGUUUGCUUUAGCUACUUUGAUCAGGCCUUCAGCAACAACUGCUUCUUUUGAGAGAAACUUCUAUUCUGAAUGGCUAUAACUUGAGAAGUUGCACAAACUUUUGGUCUGAAAGGGGCUUUACCUUGAAAAUAUGAUGACAGAGAGAUUUUGCCCACCUACCUGCAGGUCGACAUGUGAGCUAAAGUUUUCUGUUAAUUACGGAGGGAUUCAUAAUGCCAUGUUACCUGCACGUUGACAUAUGAGCCAUUAUUUUCUGACACAUCAGUCCCUCCAAUGCGUUGACUCAAUCUUACAGCAUGUUGACUUGGUGUUAUCCAAAAUCUAUUUAAGCCUUCCUUUCUGACAGAUUCUCGGAUCACGGUUCGCAGUCUGAAACCAUUGCAUCGGUAGCUGCAACGCCUGAGCUCUUUCUUUCUCUCGUUGGCAACUGUAAAUUUGCUUCUUAGGAGAGACAGGGUCCUUAUCACCCUAAAUUUUAGCAACCUUUUCAGUGUCACAUUUGCCUACCAAUUAAUUGGAAACAGUGAUGGACUAUUCAGAUUCAAGACACAAACCUCAUAUUAUUGGGAAAGUUUUUAUUGCAGUUUUUCUGAUAGUCCUGUGCAUACUGAUAACGAAGAAAUCCCCAGAUCCUAGUGGCGCCAGUUUGUUAUCUCUUCAUGUGCCUGGGGCAACUCAUGUCUUAGUAACAGGCGGUGCUGGCUAUAUUGGCUCACAUGCUGUACUUCGACUAUUAAAGGACUCAUAUAGAGUGACCGUAGUGGAUAACCUUUCAAGGGGAAAUAUUGGAGCUAUUAAAAUUCUCCAGGCACUCUUUCCUGAGCCUGGGAGACUUCAAUUUAUUUAUGCUGAUUUAGGCAAUGCAAGAGCUGUUAACAAGAUAUUUGCAGAAAAUACAUUUGAUGCUGUUAUGCACUUCGCAGCUGUUGCCUAUGUGGGAGAAAGCAUGCUUGAACCUCUUAGGUAUUACCACAAUAUAACAGCAAACACUUUGGUAGUUCUUGAGGCUAUGGCAGCUCAUGGCGUUAAAACUCUUAUCUACUCAAGUACAUGUGCUACAUAUGGAGAACCAGAAAAAAUGGCCAUUACAGAAGAAACUCCUCAGGUUCCUAUCAAUCCUUACGGAAAGGCCAAGAAAAUGGCAGAGGACAUCAUUCUGGAUUUCUCAAAGAACUCAGAUAUGGCUGUUAUGAUUCUGAGAUAUUUUAAUGUCAUUGGGUCAGAUCCAGAAGGAAGGUUAGGUGAAGCUCCCAGGCCUGAACUACGAGAGCAUGGUCGCAUAUCUGGUGCAUGCUUUGAUGCAGCAUUAGGCAUCAUACCUGGGCUGAAGGUUAAGGGAACAGACUAUCCAACAAGAGAUGGAACUUGCGUAAGAGACUACAUUGAUGUCACGGAUCUUGUCGAUGCUCAUGUCAAAGCCCUUGAUAAGGCAAAGCCUAGAAGAGUUGGCAUCUACAAUGUUGGUACCGGGAAAGGUAUAACAGUGAAAGAGUUUGUCGAGACCUGCAAGAAAGCAACAGGCGCAGACAUUAAGGUUGAGUACCUCAGCCGCAGACCAGGGGACUAUGCCGAGGUUUACAGUGACCCUUCGAAGAUCAACCGUGAGCUCAAUUGGACGGCACAUUACACUGAUCUUGAAAAGAGCCUUUCGAUUGCAUGGAGAUGGCAGAAAUCACAUCGGAAUGGUUAUGGGUCACCCUGACCAAUCCUCCCAAGAUGUGGACUUAAAAGAGUGGAAGGCCUUAACACUGCUGUUGCUUAGUUCAAUUCAGACACACUAGAGUUGUCACUUGAAGACAUUUAACUGUAGGAGCAGGGUGCUGUUAUGUUUUCUUUUCUUUUUUCGGUGUGAUGGAAUGCUGAAAGUUUCUAAGAGCUCAGAUUUUCUUUGGAUCAAUGUGGUUUUAUAGUAUUAGUGUUAUAUGUAAAGGAUUUUUUCAUGGGAUCUCAUCUCUGAGGAAUUGAUAGGCUGAAUGGAAAGUAUAAAUUGAUUGUCUUGAGCUGUAUUAUGUAA